UUGUCUUCCCCCAUCUUUCCUCUCCAGGCUACAGAGCUUCCUUCAAGACUGAGGAGCAAUCUGGCUGAAGAUGGCAGCUGCUAGUGUCGUCACACAUCCUGGCAAGAGUAGCCUGGAUUACUACAGGAACGACAGCAUGGUGCUGUCCCUGUGUGAGAACCCAGUGAACAGCACAGACUUCAUGUGUGACAAGAGGCAGGUCAGGCACUUUGCUCAAGCCUUCCUGCCAGUGUUUUUCUGGCUCAUCUUUGCUGUGGGCACAGUGGGGAACACCUUGGUUGUGCUUGUCUAUUGCAAAUACCACUUCAGGAGGAGCAUGAUGGAUCUGUACCUGCUGCACCUGGCCAUCGCUGACCUCCUGCUCCUUUUCACCUUCCCCUUCUGGGCCAAAGCUGCUUCUGAUGGAUGGAUCUUUAAGGACUUCAUGUGCAAAGUUGUGAACAGCAUGUAUAAGAUCAACUUCUAUGGCUGCAGCUUGCUUCUAACCUGCAUCAGCUUUGACAGGUACAGCACUAUAGUCCAAGCAAUGAAAGCUAAAACUUGUAAGCGAAGGUGGCUCCUGCGCAGCAGGCUCAUGUGCCUGGCUGUCUGGCUGACAUCUGUGAGCCUGUGCAUCCCAGAACUCAUUUACAGCCAGAGCACACAGGUGGGUGAUGUAACAGUUUGCAAAAUUAUGUACCCACCAAACGUCAGUGUGAUCUUCAGAGUUACGGUCCUGGCCUUGAAAGUUAUCAUAGGAUUCUUCCUCCCGCUCCUUGUCAUGGUGAUUUGUUAUGCCCUUAUCAACACCCUCCUACAAGCCAAAAGAUUUCAAAAGCAGAAGUCGCUGAAGAUCAUCACCAUGAUCCUCACCGCUUUCCUCCUCUCUCAGUUCCCGUACAAUAUUGUUUUGCUGGUCAAAGCCAUCAACACCUACACAGGGGUGGUGCACAGUUGUCAGGCUGCCAACCAGCUGGACAUCGGGCUGCAGGUCACCCAGAUCAUCGCCUUCCUCCACAGCUGCCUCAACCCCUUCCUCUAUGUCUUUGCUGGCGAGCGGUUCAGGAUGGCACUGGGCAGGAUGAUGCAAAGCUGUGGCUGCUGCUGGAGCAGGGGCCAGGAGCACUCUGCCUGUGACAGCCAGGAGCACAGCUCAAACUGGUCCUUUGCCAUGCUGGGGAGGCGGCGGGUGAGGAACUCCCUGAUCCUCAACACUCACUGGACCUCCUUUGUUAUGUCCCCUCCUUGCAAAGUCAUCCUGUAAGUUAGUCCUCACCUGCUCCUCUCCAGAGAAGCACCAAGCUCUUUGGAAACCAUCUGUAUACCCCAAAGAUUAUCCCAGAGGGGCAGAAAGGGUUGGGGACCUGCCCUUGAUGUGCAGGACCCAACUGAGGGUUGCUGGCUGAGAGAAAAGGAAACCUUUAGCAGAUGGGAGCAAAAUGGAAACAUACUUGCUAUAAACAGAACUGAUAGAUGUCAAAAGCUAUCUUUGUGACAGCUGGCCCAUCUGCAGCUCAGACCACAACCUGAAAUAACAAGUCUCAUAGCAGGUGAUACACCCAGGUAUGGCAGCAACACAGGCUGAUGAAGUGUUCUGACCACAGGAAGCAGCAGCAGGGGGUUCAACCUUCAUUUGCUGUCACACCAGCUUCCCCUAAGAAUGUGGCCUGACUUGGGAGCCCUGCCACAUUCCUACACCAGAUUCCAUCCUGUGUAAAGGAGAAUGGUCUUUAGCUCUGACACUGGUUUGUAGCAGUGAGCAAAUGCUGCUCUCUGUGCCUGGGCAAAUGCAACUCUGUUUGGCUGCAUAGGUGGUUUUUCUUGCAAAGAAAAGCCAGUUGUUUGUGUACAUAAAGUGAGCAUUGCAGAAUGUGGUCUUUCUCCUUUAUUUUAGCUGUGUAAUGUCAGUUUCGAUGGCUUCUGUUUUGAUACUGGAAACAAAUCAUCCCUCACAGUAAAAAUUAAGGGCUUUGGAGACAUUGAGUUGUUUGUCCCAGGGAUAUUUGCUGUAUGGUGCAAAGCUGUCAUGAACCAGAACACAAAAACCAAACCAAAUGGUUCAGCUGACCACCAGUUAUGCACCAAUAUCUUUGAAAAAUAUAUUUAACCUAGCACCAGCAAGACAGGGAGUAAUUAAGUGUCAAACCUAAUGAAAUUUGGAAUGAGACAUCAGGAUGUGGAGGCUGCCAUUCCCAGAAGUGGUGUGCUGUAAUGCACCCCAAAACCUGAGCCCACAGGGCAUCAUUUAUCUGUUCCGCUUUGCUCAUCCCCUCACAGGGACAUGGCCUUGCCAGUCCUGCCUGACCACAGCCUGCACCUCACAUUCUUCAAUUGCAGAAUGUAGUGCUCAGGAGGCUUUGUUUUAAAUAAUCUCAUGUAACCUGGUUUGCCUUCUGGUAUUUAGGUCUUGCAGGGAAAAAGAGUUUUCAUUGUGCGUUUAUCAUUAAAGCAUGUUGGUAAACAAGAGGUUUCUGCAGAGUUUGGUGCUGCUUUUCUAGCUAUACCUGGUAUACCUGGGCAGAUAGGGGGUUCAAGUUUCAUAUACAUUUAUGAGGAUUUUUUUUUUAACCUUAGGAGGAAAAAUGGUCAAAGAUGUAUAUAAUUUUCACUGUGUGUACA